ACGGGAAGACAUGUGCGUUCAUAUUACCUGAGUCUUACAUAACAACCGGUAUCGACUUUGGUUUUAAUUACUUUUUCAUUUAUAAACUUUUUUAUGUACUCUUAGGCUUGAAUUACUUUUGAUUUAAAAAACAACAACAGAAUAGUAACCAAAAGUUGUUAUGACUAUCUAGGGUCGGUCAUUGAUACGAGGUCUAAUAAUAAAGCCUGUGGGAGCUCAUAAAUUUGACAGCAGUUGUAAUCUCGAGCCCUUGGCACAAUCUGCUGAAAGGCAUCUUGAAACUAGAGGAUUGGAGGUAUGAAGGUCGUGUCAUCUGGCUGAGCCUGUCGUCCUGCAUCGACUUUGUUAGUGUCCUAUCUAUCUAGAACUACCCUUGAACUCCUAUCCGCUCCUAUCCAGCCUUAAGCCCUUGGUCAAAUAUUGGAGACAAUCAUUAAAAUCAGAGAAAACACAGCAAUAAAUCGAGUGAUGACUCACAUCCAAGGCUAAGCGAGUCAUCGUAAGUCAGUGCCCUGGCGAUAACAAGGUGUAUAAAUAAGGGCUGUCUGCUUGAUUGGUGCCGCAAAACCUUUGCACAUGUUUGCACUUUGCAUCGCGAGAUUUGGUGUUCUGCUACCUUCCCUCCUUUCUGUUGUCGUCUGCUGUCUAGUUUGUCGUCAGUGAGGUCAUCGAGUUUGUCGACUAGCCUAACUGUUGAGGUCACGACAUGGCCGUCGGCAGAAUCUGCGCCCUUCUUCUAGUCACAACGAUUUUUGAUGAGAUCAUUUCCACCCCCAUCAUCAAGGCCCCUUGGGGGAACAUCCAGGGAGUAGACGUACAAGGUCGUGGCGGCAAAAAGAUGAGCGGGUACCUUGGUAUUCCCUUCGCCCUGCCCCCUACAGGCAAACUCCGUUGGCAGAAACCGCAGCCUCACCCCGGACCAGGAGACGGGAAGGUGUUUGAGGCCACCACCCUGCUACCGGCCUGUCCUCAGGAAGUCCCAUGGAUGGGGGUGUACAACGGUACAAGCGAGGACUGCCUGACCCUCAACGUCUUUGUACCUGUGGGCGAUGACGUCACGUCCGGUGCUCUCAAGCCGGUGAUGGUGUGGAUUCACGGAGGAGCAUUUCAAGUUGGCGACGCAGCGUCAUACAGACCAACCAAGCUGGUGGCAGACAAUGACGUCAUCGUGGUGACCAUCCAGUACCGCCUGGGUGUCUUUGGCUUUCUCUCCACGGGGGACGCCACAUCGCCGGGUAACUACGGGCUGUGGGAUCAGCGCCUGGCCUUAGUGUGGGUCAAGGACAACAUUAGAGCCUUUGGAGGUGACCCUGACCUGGUGACCAUCUUUGGGGAGUCUGCAGGCGCCAUGAGCGUAGGUUACCACGUCAUCAGUCCGGCCUCCACCGGGUUGUUCCGGCGGGCGAUAACUCAGAGCGGAAGUCCCUACAUGCAACUCUGCUUUCCCGACAGCAACAAGAUCAAGGAGCUGGCGUCUCCUUUGGGUUGUUCCUCAGACCCCGGAACCCCAUUCACCAUGAUGCUGGACUGUCUGCGAGGCAAGAGUGUAGAGGAGUUAGCUCACAUGGACAAGAUCCUGGGAUCCAAACAGGACACUGGCUUCAUGUUCAUGCCCCGUGUUGACGGUGAAUUUUUGAUAGACAGUCCUGCAAGACUGAUGACGGACAAAGGUCACAUGGCGUCAGUUCGUGUGGAAGAGGUGGACAUCUUGAAUGGCUUCAACAACAGGGAGGGGGCGCUACUGCUGAUUUUACUAAAGCUUAAUCCCGUUAAGGACGUGUACACCGCGAGACAUUUUCGUCAUCUUCUCAGCACCUGGAUGACGUGUGCAGACCUGGGUCCGGCCAAUGGCGUGGCCUUCAAGAUGUUAGAGUUUUUCUACCGAGGGACAGACGCCUUCACUAACAGGUCUGUUUCUUUAGACACUUUGGUACAAGCGUUGGGUGACGCCUUAUUCAGUGCACCUUCAAUGAUGUGGAUUCGAACCCUUGCUGUUCAGCCCCACACUAGCAAAAGGUAUCUGUACUGGCUAAACCAGAAUCUCAGUUUUAACUGGGGUGGCCCCGUCCCAGGUACACACCACGCAGAUGACUUGCUGCUGGAGUUCGAGUUCCUCACGGAGUCGAUGCUGUUUAGCGGCAAGACAGGUCCACUUACACCAGAGGAGGAGAAGCUGUCCUCGGACUUCGUAGCCAUGUUGGCUGACUUUGCCAGAACUGGAAAUCCAAGCGUCCACCUGAGGUCGUCUCUGGGCGAAGACAUACCGCAGUUCACGAGUCAAGGCGAGGCGUACCUCUCCCUCUCCACCAAUCCCAGCAUUCAGCAUCACGUGAUGCGCGAGCGCCUGGCUGUGUGGCUGCAGCUUCUAACGGAAGUGAAGAACGUCACCAACCAGCUGACACUGCAAGUGGCACAAGACCGCACGAAGGACGAACUGUGAAAUGCACGUGCGUUCGCGAAUAUUUUGAGUUUGUUGUAUAGCUUUUUAUCCCCAAAGCUAGAGCUAAAGCAUUUACAUACACACAGCACCAACCUUUUCAGAUUAUUACACACUUGGUGCCGACAGCAAGCUGGAAGUGGUCCACCAUCGACUUGUGGUGAAGGUCACAUGCAUAAUUCAACGAAAUCCUCCAUACAGGUGUGGGCAGCCAACGAUCGAGAAGCAUACAUCUGUCCCGUGAUGUACUUACAUGUCCUGUCUGUCCCGUCAUGGAGUUCUUUGCUUGUCCCUCAAAAUUUGCAUUAUUCUUUUUUGCUUAAUAUAGUUUAUGUUGCUUGUAGAUUUACUGGAAUCAAAUGAUUUCUGGGCGUUUCCCACACCUGCCCAGCACCAAUAUCUUAAUCAGAAAAAAAAUUGGGUUGUGGGGCCAACAAACAGUCGAAAUCUGAAAAUAAAGCAUUUUAAGACUGAAUGAAUCCAUUUUUGCCUUCGUCAGCAAGGAAUGCUUCUUUACUUUAACAGUUUGUAAUGUGUAAAAUAUUUUCUUAAAUUCAUUACUUUUCACGUAUUUUCUUUCCAACUUAGCAUAUAUAUAUAUGUAGCCUAUGAAUAAACAUUUAUAGGUAAUUGACUGCUGAGUGUAUGACAGCUAAAUUGUUUCAAUGUAUAUACGUAUUAUCUACUACGAGCACUAUCUUCAACUGUGGAUAAAUAAAGUUGUAUUUUACUGUCAUCUGGUGGGAAGUGUGGUGGUCUUACCAAGUUUAUUAAUAAACAUCCUGUCUUAAAGCAUG